CAAAAUUUUACGAAUUUGCUGUGAUUAUCGCCUAUCAUUUUAGGCGUUGUUUCAUCGAAAGCGCCUUCAAAAUGAUCCAAUACGUACAAGUAACUGAACUUGAUGGAGAAGAGCCCAUCGAGCUUCCAUCAGAAGAGGAUGGAACGAUUCUGUUAUCCACUUUAGCAGCCCAAUAUCCAGGAGCCUGUGGACUCAAAUAUCAUCCUGAAGCUGGUUCAAUGAGAUGGAGAGGGAUUCGUUUGGCUGAUGGAAAACUCCACCCUCCUGAGCAUAUGGAAGGACAUUGGGGCAAUAUCAAAUAUGUAGUUAAUCUAGUCCCUAAAGAGGGUAAACGCAAAGGUGAUGAUGGACUGGAAAAUCCUCAUGCCAAGACAAAGCGGGUGGAGAACAAAAAGUGCAGUGAUCUAAUAGUGCUUGGACUUCCAUGGAAAACAACAAAAGAAGAAGUGAAGAAAUACUUUGGAAAGUUUGGUGAAGUCCUCUUGGUCCAGAUCAAAACUGACAUUCAUACCAACAAAUCAAAAGGCUAUGGCUUUAUAAGGUUUGGAGAAUAUGAAGCGCAGCUGGCCUGUUUGAAAGAAAGGCAUUAUAUCGAUGGACGACGCUGUGAAGUUCGAAUACCCAACUCUAAAGUCGGCAGCACGGACUAUGGACCGAGGAAGGUGUUUGUUGGCAGGACGACAGAGAACAUGACAGCAGACGAUCUCCGGCAGUUCUUUAUGAGGUUUGGCGACGUUACUGAUGUCUUUAUUCCUAAACCGUUCCGAGCGUUUGCGUUUGUCACGUUUGCGGAUGCGGAGGUGGCCCAGGAUCUCCUGGGGAACGACUACUUGAUAGAUGGCGUGAGUGUGCAUGUCUGUGCAGCGUCGCCCAAGAAUGAUAAGAAUCAGGAGAAGAGGAGGAGCGAUGGCAGCAGUGUGGGGGGCUGUCGUGAUGACCGCAGUGAUAAUUAUAAUAGCCAGAGAGGUGGUGGAGGAGGAGGGGAUAGGGGUGGGAACUGGAACAACCACAUGGGAAAUAGAGGCGGUGGUGGUGGUGGCGGCGGCGGCGGUGGUGGUGGUGGCAGUGGUGGUGGUGGUGGUGGAAAUGAUGGUGGUAACAUGGGUGGCAAUAUGGGGGGUGGUAUGGGCAUGGGUGGAAUGGGGAUGGGAAUAGGCCAGUUUGCGUUGAAUCCAGCAAUGUUUGCGGCUGCAUUGAGUCAGAAUCCUUGGGGUUUGUUGGGCCUUACUAAUUCGGGGGGCGGUGGCAAUAACUCUGGUGGUGGGGGAGACUGCAAUAAUCCAAUGAGCAGUGGUGGUAGCCAUAAUAAUAGUGGUGGGGGUGGGGGUGGGGGUGGGGGUGGUGGAAGUGGGGGAGGAGGUUACAGCAGUGGGUACAACAGUGGUAAUAAUUCUUCCAGUAGUAAUAAUAUGGGUGGUAAUAAUGGAUUUUUCAGCGGCUGGGGCCCUGGUGGUGGAUCAGGGGGAUCUGGUGGGAGUGAUUCGGGGAAUGGGACCGGUUGGGGCAAUAUCAGGGACUCUGUGAUUGGCUCGAAAUGA